AUGUUACACGAUAGUUCAGAUUGUGACUACAAAACCCACAUAAAUAAACUGCCCAUGUCAUCCCAGGGACCUUCUUCAGGCAGGCGGGUCCUCCGGGGUCAACGUCGCAAUAUCACGAAUACCGUUGCUCAUCAAAAUGAAAAUGAUUCCAGCACCAAAGCGGUCAAGCGCAAAAAGACCAGUGAUCCAGAAACAGAGCCUGUCCAGUCUCUGAGAGAGAUUCCCUUGAGAGGCUCGGAUUUUCAGUCGAACCCAAGACAACCCGUGAAAGGGUUCUCAAUCUUCUUGGCAAGCAUGUCACCAAAAAGAGACCACGCCUUUCCAGCCAGUCGCUUCGAUCUAGGAGGAAGUCAACAGUCAACUUACCUUCCGAUGAUCCAGUGCAAACCAUUAUCGUCCCUUCAACCAAUCAACUCAACUAUGAACAAUUCAACACUCCCAGCUGAUUGA